AGCGGAUUUUAAUUUCUUCUGGAAAAAUGUUGUCUCAAUCGAAUCCGAAGUUUGGUAUGGUCAACGCCAUGGCAUGUGAAAUGUGAAAUCUAAAGCGCCUGCAAUUGGGUGUGCAUGCAACACGGACAACCCUUGAGCGCGAAUAGUUAUACUAAGUGCAAGCACUGUCACUAAGAACUCCAAGAUAAAAACAUGAGCAGGAUACUGUGCUGAAAUUAAAUGUACUAUCAUGCAAUCGAGAGCGGUUAUAUCCAUUUUGACAUUGGUGAUUUCCAUUAGUGUAAAUGGAUCGGAAAAGAAGAAGCAAAAAUGGAAUCCGAAGUACCCCCGUAAAACAUCAGACGAAAUUAAAAAACUUUUUGAAGAACAUGAGAUUGUUCCAGAUGUAAUUGAUGCCUCUCCACCUCAUGUCUUACAAGUUGGUUACACUAGUGCUAAAGUGGUCGUAGACUUUGGUAACAACAUCACCAGGAUGGAAUCAAGGGAAGCACCCACAUUUUUAUCAUGGCCUGCGGAACGGAAAAGAAACUACACACUUAUUAUGAUAGAUCCUGACUACCCGAGUCGUCGAGAUCGGAAAAAGGAAAGGCAGUGGCACCAUUGGUUGGUUGUCGACAUACCUGGCAACACUUUCAUCAAAGGAACCAUUCUAUCAGAGUAUAUCCCGGUUGAAGCCAAAAAUAACACUGGUAUACAUCGUUAUGUAUUUUUGGUAUACGAACAGCCUCGUGGAGAAAUAAAAUAUGAGGAAAUUCAUACAAUUGCAGUACCUGUGGACUCUUUGAGGUCUCCCUUCAGCUGUAGAGAGUUCGCCGAAAAAUACAACAUGACCGGACCCGUCGCUGGAAAUUUCUUUUUAUCUCAGUAUGGAAAGCUCUAUCGCAGAGAGGAAAUAGACCCCAAAUACGCUCGGAAGCUUCGACUCGAAAAAAUGCAGAGACUGGAGAAAGAUUAUACGAAGAAAAAUUAUAAAAUGAAUAAACAGAAAAAAAAGCUAAUCAAUGCAAUCAAAUUUGCUAUCACAUCUACUACUACAGCAGAACCUGUAUUCACACUUUAAGAAAAAUGUAUCAAUCAAAAACAGAAACAAGUUUUCCUGAACUGUCCGAGUAAUUUCUUGCAUUUGAUCACUGUCCGUCCGUUCCUCCUUCAUUCGUAUUGUUUUUUACCUCAACGAGAAAAAAAUAAUAAAAACAGAAGAUUAAUUCUAUUGAA